AUGGAUCCUGCCCUUAUGGAAGCUAUCGCCACCGCCAACUGGGUUGAGGGCGGAGAGUCAGAUAAUUUGUCGAUUUUCAACACUGAUUCCGUCACUGCCGCUGACAAAACGAGCACGAUCAAGCGCGUGCAUCUCGCUUGCACCGGCACAUUGGACAAUGUUAGAGGUAUUUAUUCGUACCACUGGCGACUGUUCUUCCAGUUGACUCCUGUGGAAGCUAACCUUGUUGAAAAGCGAUCCGUAGAGCUUCAUGUGACGCUUUUGAACAAGGGGACCGGAAUGGCCAAUACAAUCGCAAUGAGUCGAAAUUACGAGAAUACCCAUCGUUCUGUCGCCACCACAUACUGGGACGUCGUCGACGAUGAAUGGACACGGGAGCGGUUGCGCGUGCUGGUGCAUAGCGGUCUUGGGGGAUAUAGAGGACGCGGGAAAUUCUCAAGCGGGGUCAAGAAAGCCGCAGAGGAGUUCGUGAAUGAAGCAGCCCGCGAGCGCGGCAUGCCCGUGCCGCCGCCCAGAGGAAUCUUCUAUGAUUGA